GUGGGGGUGGGGGCUGCCUUUCCCUUCCUUGCUUGGCUUUUGGGGAGUGACACCAGCUCAGGCUGAAGAGGAGGAGGAGGAGGAGGCGAGGAAGGGAGUAGGCGGCCAGGGAUUUGCGAGGAGAAAGAAAGAGAAGCUCUUCCGCGGCAGAAUGGCAGAGAUGGCUUUGAUGGCAAGGUUGGAAAAUGCUGUAAUUAGGCUGGAAUCCUUGUUGUCACAUUCACACCAAGGCACUGGCAUGGAAUGUGGAGCUGUUAAUGGAGUCAAUGGAGAUAUAGCACCAUAUGUUGAAGCAUUUGAUAGAAUAAUGAAUGGGAGUGCAGCUGAGUUUCUAAACAACAGCAGGAUCCUUGAAGGUGAUGUGAAGAUACAUGCAGAAAUGGUCCGUUCAGCUUUUCAAGCACAAAGAACAUUUCUACUAUUGGCCUCCCAGUAUCAAGAACCUCAGGAGGAUGAAUUGUCCAUUCUUCUAAAACCGGUCUCGGACAAGAUCCAGGAAAUCCAGAUGUUCAGAGAGAGAAACCGAGGAAGUAAUAUGUUUAAUCAUCUGUCUGCAAUCAGUGAAAGCAUUCCAGCACUUGGGUGGAUAGCAGUUUCUCCAAAACCAGGGCCUUACGUCAAGGAGAUGACGGAUGCUGCUACCUUUUAUACUAACAGAGUGUUAAAAGACUACAAACACAGUGACCUGCGUCAUGUUGAAUGGGUGAAGUCAUUCUUGAGUAUAUGGACAGAACUUCAGGCAUACAUUAAAGAAUAUCAUACGACUGGUCUCACCUGGAAUAAAACCGGGCUUAUUGCUUCAGCAGGAUCUGAACCAUCUACACUAAUGGGCAACCAAGGCCCUCCUCCACCACCACCGCCCCCUCCUCCACUGCCAGGGCCUCCUCCGGUCUUGGAUGAUGCAAAUGCAACUCGGUCAGCUUUAUUUGCCCAGCUGAACCAGGGAGAAAAAAUUACCAAAGGGCUUCGCCAUGUCUCUGAUGACCAGAAGACCCAUAAAAAUCCUAGUCUGCGUGCCCAAGGAUCCCAGGUUCGAUCACCUACAAAAAGCCAUACUUCAGGCCCAGCUACUCCCAAGCCUCAACAGACCCACUGCCCUGUGUUGGAACUUGAAGGGAAGAAAUGGAGAGUGGAAUACCAGGAAGACAAGAAUGGCCUUGUAAUUGCUGAUACUGAACUCAAGCAAGUAGCUUAUAUUUUCAAGUGCAACAAAUCUACAUUACAAAUAAAAGGGAAAAUUAAUUCCAUUACAGUUGACAACUGCAAAAAGUUUGGCCUUGUAUUUGACAAUGUUGUGGGUAUUGUUGAAGUUAUAAACUCUAAUGAUAUUCAGAUACAGGUAUUAGGGAAAGUGCCAACCAUUUCAAUUAACAAGACUGAAGGCUGCCAUAUAUACCUCAGUGAAGAGUCAUUAGACUGUGAGAUUGUGAGUGCUAAGUCAUCCGAAAUGAACAUCCUUAUCCCACAGGAUGGUGAUUAUAAAGAAUUCCCUGUUCCUGAACAGUUCAAGACAUCAUGGGAUGGAUCCAGAUUGGUCACUGACCCUACAGAGAUUGUGGCUUAACUGCAUCGGCCCGUACAGAAAUCACUGUCCACAAUCUCCAAAAAAAAUCAAGGUUAAAGAAAACAGCACCAAGAAGAACUAGAUGUAGCACUAGUUUGUACUGCAGUGAAUAAGCCCUUCAAGCAGAUACUCUGUGCCCCCAAACUACAGGCGCUAUUACACAUGGUACUUUUCCUGCAUUUAGAUAAUCUUUGUGUAGGAACAAAAAGUAUACUGAUGUACACAGUUAUGUUUCAAAAAGGCAUGAAUGUUUUUUUGCCAUGUACUUAGGAUCCACUCUGCACAGUUCCAGUACAGUACACUUUUUUAACGCAUCCUGAUAUUCUUAAAAUGUCAGCAAUUCGCCUUUGUUCGCAAAUAGCUUAUACAUAAUAUGUGAAUGUAACCAUUCAGGUUAUUGGCUAUUUCACUGAAUAUGUUAGGCCAAAUGUCUGCAUGAUACACUUUGUAAUGUUUCAAUGCAUUCCUUUUUUAUGUUUUGGCUGGUAAUGAAAUGAAACAGUAUGAAUAUGGUGAGACGUUCAGGUUAGAUUUGAGAUCCUGUGUGCAUCGUAUUGUGAUGCUAGACCCUAGAAAGUCUGUAGUUCUAGAAGAUCCUUGUGCUUUCAAAAGUGGAAAUGUACAACUCUAAGCACUACAUUUGCUAAUAGGAAAGAGAAGCUGAAUAUUUCAAUUACUUAUUUUGAACAAUGUGGGUUUGCUGGUAUCUUGAAGUUUUGUUCAAGUUUGAACUAAUUUGUUUCAAUGUUAGUUUAAACUAAGUUUUUAUCUGGAUAUUUAAUAACAUGUCCUUGAAUUGUGGGCCAUUUUUCUCUUUACAGCUGUAUAUAGUUCAUAAUGUUCAUUUAGCUGUACAAUCUGAACUGAACAUAUACUUUGAAAUAUGGGGCCAUUAUUUCUUUCUGAGCUGUCAUAUAGUACAUAUUUUCACAAACAACCUAUGAAUUAACCUUACCUCUUGAAAUGAUGGAGCAUGGAGUUUCAUAUGGUUACUGGUAGAUACCUUUCCCAGUGCACAAGCAGCCCCUAGCCUCAGUCAUUUGCAAGGCCUAAUGAGAUAUUCUCCAUUUGCAAGGAUAUUUUUUGGAUUUGUUUGUGGUUCGAACUAGUUAGUUAAACUUGAUAGGACAUUAAACCAUUUGUAACUUUUUUGUGUAAUUGUAAUAUGUUGCCAUCAUGAAAUAUGCUGCUUUGAAAUUGGGCCCAUCAUUUUGAAAUACCCUAUGUAUUAAAUCUUAAUCAAGAUAUAGUAUGAAUGAGAACAAUUCUAUAUUUUAAAAGAAACAUUGCAUUCUUUAAUGUUGUGCUUCUCUUCGUGUUUAUAUCUAAUAGCCCCAUUAUGGAUGCACCAUUGAAUUACAUCAUUCUCAUUAUCUGUGACACUGGCAGAUUUUGCAAUAAAAUUCAGUUCUAGAAUGCUGAAGAUUAAAAUGGCUUCUAACAAUGCAGAAGUUAUCAUCCAAGUUAUAGAUAUUUCUUCAUGUAAGGGGAGUAGUUCAACUUUUAUUUUGAGUUGUAAGGUGUGGAUGCAAAUGGUCAAAAUUGUACACAAAGAAAAGCCAUAGAUUACUACUGAAUAAAUUCUGAACUCAGACUGAAGGGACUGUACUUUUUGAAAGGAAGGUUUGGCUAUGUAGUCCACACCAUUCCUUUUUAACACGAAUGUGAAGUGUAGUACAUGUAUGAUCUCAGCACACAAGACUUAAUUAUGAUACCAAUUUUGAUUACUUGUAAUACUUUGUAACAGUUAAAUUAUGGUAAUACACUUGCAGAGAUAGAGAUCAGGAUUUAAAUUGUGCCUACUGCACCUUACAAGGUACAUCAUCCUUUUUUUAAUAUUAUAUUUGAUUGUAAUAUCUAUAUAGAUUUACAACAAAUAGUGCGUAUAUAAUACAGUUUUGCUAUCUAAUGUUUGAUCUAUAUGUAAUGUUGUGGCUUUAGUACAUGCCAUUUUUCAAUAGUAAACUUAUCACAUGAAUGAAAAUAAAAAUGUAACUUGUUUA